ACAUGACAACUGAGCUUAUUAUCUUGCUGUCAAAGUUCUACCUUCCUUUCUAGCUUUGUUCCUCAAGCACAUUUGCUGUUCAUUUAGUCAUGUCUUAUUUCUUCCCACCCCGGCAACCUUCCCGGGUAGAAUGAUUUCCUACGAGUUGGCCUGAGGACUGGAUCAAGCUGACUUCGUUAGAUCAUCAAGCUAGAUGGUCACGAGAUUAUGGCAACCGAGAUUGAGCUAUUAGAUCGACAUCGAACAGUCUAUCGUUUCAAACUUGAGCCAGGCUCAUAUCGGCAUACAAUUCCCAAGAUAGCCACCUCUGUUAUUGUUAAGCAGCAGAAAGAUGAAUGGGAAGAAGAGUUCGAGGAUGAGCAGAGGGCCUACAACAGAUUAAAGAAGCUCCAGGGGAAAGUGAUUCCAUACUUUUAUGGUCGAGGUCAUUUUGAUGGGCUACCUGCACUCGUACUGUCGGAUAUUGAUGGGAUUAUUUUGGAUGAACUGGCCCGCAGCAAAUACGAGGUCCCCGAGGAGUCAUUAAGAGCUUCUCUGGAGGAAGUCUUUAGUGAGCUUUCGAAGCAUGGAGCUUUGUACCGAGACCAAAAACUGGAUAACUUCUUGUUGUGUGAUGGCAAAGGCCGCGGGAAGAGCAGAGUGAUGGUUGUUGAUCUCGAGCAGGUGGAAUUCUUUGAGCAUCUUCGUCCUUGGCAACAUUCUAUCAACCAGGAGGGGGCGAGGUCUCUGAUGGAAGAGUUUAGAUACAGACAUACCCCCGGGCGCGAAUCAUCUCCACUUAAGUUCUGGACGUCUGCGCAUAAUAAGGGGUCUCCCUCAGCGAGCUAAAUGAAUUUGCACCCGCGACCUGUCAAGAAAGUCUUGGGAGGCCUGCUUCUACCACGGCUUGAGCAAGAUAGAGAAAGAAGGAACACUAUGCCAUGCAAAUAUGAUAUGGCAUUGGUUU